AUGACAGCCCAAACUGGGUAUGUUCCACCAUUACAGCAAGUGUUCCAAGCCCCACGACGACCUGGCAUUGGCACAGUCGGGAAGCCAAUAAAACUUCUUGCCAACUACUUUGAAGUCGACAUUCCCAAGAUUGACGUCUACCACUAUGAGGUUGAUAUCAAGCCAGAUAAAUGUCCCCGUCGUGUCAACAGGGAAGUUGUGGAAUACAUGGUCCAGCACUUCAAGCCUCAGAUCUUUGGUGACAGAAAACCAGUUUAUGAUGGAAAGAAGAACAUUUAUACAGUUACAGCACUGCCUAUUGGUCAUGAAAGGGUUGAUUUUGAGGUAACAAUCCCAGGAGAGGGGAAGGACAGGAUCUUUAAAGUGUCUAUAAAAUGGAUGGCUGUAGUAAGCUGGAGGAUGCUCCAUGAAGCUCUGGGAAGUGGACGAAUUCAGCUCCCUCUGGAAUCUGUGCAAGCCCUGGAUGUAGCAAUGAGACACCUGGCCUCAAUGAGGUAUACCCCUGUAGGGAGAUCCUUCUUUUCACCGCCUGAGGGUUACUAUCACCCACUUGGAGGAGGACGUGAGGUUUGGUUUGGGUUUCAUCAGUCUGUUCGCCCAGCCAUGUGGAACAUGAUGCUUAAUAUAGAUGUAUCGGCUACAGCCUUCUACAAGGCCCAGCCAGUAAUAGAAUUCAUGUGUGAGGUGCUGGAUAUUCGGAACAUAGAUGAACAACCCAAACCUCUCACAGACUCACAGAGGGUUCGCUUUACUAAGGAAAUCAAAGGGUUGAAAGUGGAAGUCACCCACUGUGGGCAGAUGAAAAGAAAGUACAGAGUUUGCAAUGUUACUCGCAGGCCGGCCAGUCACCAGACGUUCCCACUGCAGCUGGAGAGUGGCCAAACUGUGGAGUGCACAGUAGCCCAAUAUUUCAAGCAGAAGUAUAACUUACAGCUAAAAUAUCCUCACCUUCCAUGCCUGCAGGUUGGACAGGAGCAGAAGCACACUUAUCUACCUCUGGAGGUCUGUAACAUUGUAGCUGGCCAACGAUGUAUUAAGAAGCUGACUGACAAUCAGACCUCCACAAUGAUUAAAGCAACAGCUCGGUCUGCACCAGACAGACAAGAAGAGAUCAGCAGGCUGGUGAAGAUGAAAAAUGCAAGUUAUAAUCUGGACCCAUAUAUCCAGGAAUUUGGGAUCAAAGUAAAAGAUGACAUGACAGAAGUCACAGGAAGGGUCCUUCCAGCACCCAUUUUACAAUAUGGAGGACGGAAUAGAGCUAUUGCAACUCCAAACCAAGGAGUGUGGGACAUGAGAGGAAAGCAGUUCUACAAUGGCAUUGAGAUCAAAGUUUGGGCCAUUGCUUGCUUUGCUCCGCAGAAACAAUGCCGGGAAGAAGUGCUAAAGAAUUUUACAGACCAACUAAGGAAGAUUUCAAAGGAUGCAGGGAUGCCGAUCCAGGGUCAGCCAUGUUUCUGUAAAUACGCACAGGGUGCAGACAGUGUUGAGCCAAUGUUCAGACAGGCACCUCAAAAACACUUACUCUGGACUCCAACUCAUUAUUGUCAUACUGCCAGGAAAAACACCAGUAUAUGCGGAAGUGAAACGUGUUGGGGACACUUUGCUUGGCAUGGCUACACAAUGUGUCCAAGUAAAAAAUGUGGUAAAGACUUCCCCACAAACCCUCAGCAACCUGUGCCUAAAGAUCAACGUCAAACUUGGUGGGAUCAACAACAUCUUAGUGCCUCAUCAACGCUCUGCAGUCUUCCAGCAGCCGGUCAUUUUUCUUGGAGCAGAUGUCACACACCCGCCUGCUGGUGA